AUGCCGAAGAAACAUCGCGAUUCAAGUCCUGGACUGUCACCAAAAUCAAAGAGACUAAAAGAGGUAAGGCUAUUCGAGCAUAGCUUGUCGAGUAAAACGAUUUUGUUGUAUUGAUCAGUCAUCUGAUUUUCCGCUGAACGGAUCAUUCAUUACCCAACCCUGAUCAACAUGAGCGAGGCAAAAUUCGCAAACCAAAGGGUUCGCUGUUACAGUCUUCAGUCAGGGAAUCAGAAACUGUCUAUUUAAUAUGAAUCAGUAUGCAAUUAUACCUGUAAGGCACCGGCAAUAAUAUAAUGUGUUGAAAGAAAUCUAACAAAAUCAGCUUCGAUUUCACCGUAAUACAGCAAUUAGAACUGGAGAUGUAUGUACAAAUCUUUGUGUCUAUGAAUAUACAUCUGUCGGGUUACUAACCUUAAAAAGAAACUUUGUGGGAAGGGAAAUUGCCAGAUGAUCAGCAAUGAAUGAAUUUCAUCCACAGUCAUCAGUUUGUUGUUUAUGAUUGCUAAAGCUUUCUGUUUAUGUUUUCAUUAUAAUCGUACCAUGCAGACAUUUCGAAAUUGUGUUACAUAAUCAUUUUUAAGUUCAAGGGGCAUGACAGUAAAUUUUAUUUGACAGUCUUACUUACAUCUUCUGUGUUUGCCUAAGAAUGCUCAUGGCAGCGGGGAAUUGUCAGAAUAUGAAAAAAAGCGUCUGGAGAAUAUCAGACAGAACAGUGAAUUUUUUGAUGGCCUUCAACUUACCGAGGUAAUGACUUUGCUGUUAUGCCAUUUUGCUUUUGCAUAUACCCAUAUAUAUAUAUAUAUAUAUAUCUGAAGAAUACUUAGUCAUCAGAAGUGUAGGGCCACGUUCACUGACUAUACAUCAAAAUAUCAAGGCAUAUCACACUUCAGUAAAGAAGAGUGGCAAUACCAAUACAUCAGAGCAGACUGAAUUAUAAAAUGCAUACUCAUUGUGUGUGGGAGACUUGGUGCCCUUAUAUUUACUGUGCUGGAAUCCUGCUUGAGAAGUCCAAGUCAUUGUGUUGUGUUCUUGGACAAAACAUACUCACACAGUGCCUCUCUUCACCCAAGAAUUUAAAUGGGUACCAGCAAAUUUUCAGAGAAUCCUGAUGAAAUUCUGGGGGAAGGGGGGGUAACCAUGGAAUAGACUGGCAUCCCAUCCAGGGGGCAGGAGUGAUACUCCUAGUUACUCCAGGCUGAGGAAACAGUGAAAAGCUCUAGCUGAUCACUGGGCGAUGUCGCUCGAGUGCAGAAUUUUUUUUUACUCAUUGUUUCUGCUUUUCCUUUUAUCUUCUCUCCCCUUCUUAGGUGAAGAAUGAAUUUAACCAGGCUGUAUCAAGGUCCACUCCAUCAAAAGUGAAAGAAAGAGGGCUGACAAGGUAGAUUUACAUUACAAAUUAUUUGACACAAUUUCUAAGAAACCAAGUAUUUGUAGUCACAAAACUCAUCUUAGGAAAUGAUUAAUACACAGAUUUAUUAUAUCUGUCCCAGAGUUCUCCCUUACUUUAAGCAUGACAGGUAAAAUAAAUUUUCAAACCAGUAAAGCAAUCCUUUUACUUGUUUAAUUUUCAAGAAUUCCAAGCAAUUUUAAACGGUAUUAAGAGGUACUACAGGUGGUAAAUGUUACCGGUUACUGCCUGAAAAGGAGAACACUGCUGUCAGUGAGUAUGAUUGGUCAAUUUGGCUGGCAAUAUUUCACUUUACUGCCCACUAAAUUCAAAGGGUUGAUUGAACUGAAAUUUUCUUUUACUUUUUGAACCAAGAAAUAUAGUGAUUAUCUUACUAUCUUAUUCUCUCAGUCUACAUCUUACAGUACAAACCUUCAACUCGAUUAGUGAGAGGUAGAUAUGUAUAAUUAUAACAUUCAAUUUGAUAGAAAGACUUAAAAGUUCAGAGUUCUGAAACAACUUUCUUGGAUUAAUACUCAAAAUUGUUUUCCCAAAGGAAUUGUUGAAAAAGAAUCAUGCCAUUUAGACCAAUGCAGAACUAUAAUGAUAUUUCUUACAGGCCCAAAAAGACUACACAAGCUGUGCCUGCUCUUCCCACGCGUCAGUCACUUCGUAUUCGCAAGAAAGACCCCAGUGGUGAAGUGCUUCCUGAGCCAUCAAGUUCUGAGAUCUACCAAUCUGUUGAUGAACAUGUGAGAAGUUGUUUAAAUGUUCUGUUUAAAAUUUGUGUGCAAACUACAAACAUAUUUCAGGUCACUAUACCAUGGAUUAAACUUUGGGCCAUUGUUUGGGUAAAUUAAAUCUUGAAAUAAGGCAAACAACUUUAACUUUCUAAGUUACUUACUUGCUGGGUGAGAUCCAGACAAGGCACACUUUCUGCCAAGCCCUAAGGACAAGCUGGAUUUUGGAUUUAUUUCUUUCAUUUCCACAAUGUUUUUCUAGCCCUACCCCAAAACAGUGUUCAUGAACCAAUUUGCAAUGUCAGCAAUUCAGAAUCACAGUAAUUUCUGGAUCUUUCCAUGAAUCACUCCUUUAGAAUCCAUUACCCACUGUGACAAAAUUCAUAUUCUUGAGUUAAUUAUCUAGGUAUUUUCUUUUGAACUAGGUAAGAAAAUUGUAUGUUCUGCCCUGAGAGCUGAAUGUUGCCUACUGAGCAAGACCAAAUUUAAGUCUUUUGUUUUUGUUUUAGAAAAUAUUGCUUAUUUAAAACAUUUUUAUUUCUAUAUCUGUUGGUUAACUGAAAGCAAUUUAUUAAGGAGUAAGUAACUGAUUCUCAAGAAAUUCAGAGCCACGGUGAUGAAUUUCAGCUCUCAAGAGAGAGAAAUCACGAGUCAUGUAAAGCUGAAAUGUAAUUAAUCACAGCAUAAUUUCAGAUGGAUUUUAAAGGGUGGUCACUAUUGUUUGAUCUUUCCCCCGUCAUUUGGAAACCAGAAACCUCUUUGUUACGAGAAAGCACCCAUACCAGUCAACACACACAAAAAAUUAAGAAACAAUUAAUUUAUCAAUUACAAAAAAGAGCUAUUCAUCAUUAUCUUCAUAAUACUUUUCAUUUUCAACUUUUGACUUCCUUUUUAACACUUGAUGUACCUACUGGUUCUCCACAAAAGCCAAUUUUGCAAAUAAAGAUUUGUUCAAGCUUAAAUUCUGGUCUCCCAGGUCUAUUUUCCACAUCAAAUGCAUCUCUCUGAUACAACUUUUGUUUGCCCUUUUUCAUUUAGAGAACUUUUCGAUAUUUUCGUCAACCUGCACUUAAAGCUGUUGGAUUAAAGAAUAUUAACUCAUUGAUAGCAUCACAAACUGUCUAUGAUUCUGUAAGUAAGGUCAUAAAGCAACAAGCUGUAAAAUGAUAGUCAACAAAACUUUCACCAUUCCACUUUAUAAGGUUAUAUAUAUACAAAUGUACUUACAUCAAUUUUGAAAAGGUUUUUUUACUCACUGUUCUUCCAGCCACGUAAGAUUGGACCUUUGGAAAUGAAGCCUUGUAAUAAUGUUGAGCAGACACAUUCACAGGAAUUUAUUGAUGAACUGACUGUCUUGGCAAACAUAGUAAGUCUUAAGCAUAUUGCAAGGCACUAGUUGGAUUCACAGGUACUGUGGGUGGCAUCUUCCUCGGUUUUUGGAUUUGAAUGAUGCCAAUUUUAGGCAGUUACUUCUGGUCUCAAUCUUGCUGUUGAGAUGAUUUUUGUAUUUAUAGGUCAGUUAAAAGUACAAUGUGUUUUUAAGAUACAGCAUUCAUGUGGUCACUUGCUGAAAAGAGGGUGACACCUGCAGAGGCCAAAUGUUUCCUGUGGAUGAGAUAAAUGAACCCAGUGUGGAAAAACUGCCAUCUUUUACUCCUUCCCAUCCUUUUACCUGAUCUCUGGCCACUUACAGUAGUUGUGAUAAUUAACUUUGAUUAACUUGGACAGCUAAUCUUAACUUACUGAUCAACUUGCAUUUUCAACCUAAACUAGUUGACCAGUGAAGGCAUAAUUAUUCUUACAACAUCUACACAUAUUUCACCUUGCAAAAUUGAUGUCAGUGUUUAAUUGUGUUGAUUUAUUUUUUCGAUAAAUAGUUUUGUUUGACAAUUGUCUCUUCCCAAGAACCUCCCCUUAUGAUAUCAUUUUAUAAUAAGCUGGUGAUGAUUGCCUUUUGUCUCUCGCAAGCUGGAAAAGUCAAAGGAAAAUGCGGAUGAUGAUGCUGCUAUAGACCCAGAUGUUGUGAGGUUGGUUACUUGAUCAAGUGCAGUGUUGACAGGGUCAACUAAUAAGAUUUGAACUGAAUAGGGUCCUUGCCUGGAUGCUUACAUGUACAUAUAUCCAUUAGAGAACUUACAUUCCUUAACCCUUUAACUCCCAGAUCAAAUUUGUAAUUUUCCUUUCCAUCAACAAUACAAUUCUUAUCAUGUUAGUUCAGAGAAUUUAGUAUUGAAUCAACUAACAAUCCCCAAAUUGAUAUUUUUCUUAAUUCUCAUCACUUAUCUGGUUGAUAUUGUACUGAUAUUGUAAGGAGAAAAUUCUGUCUUGGUCACUCACGGGAAUGAAAGGGUUAAGUUAAAUCUUAACUCAAGACUAGGAUACUGAUUACAUAUAUGGGCAGUGCUAUGACAAAUUGUUUUGUACUCACCUGAUGUUUGUAGUUGGUAUUGUUUGCCAAGUCCAGUUCUCUCAUGCCACAAGCUUCACCAGGCUUGAUUGCAGCAAGCUUUCAUUUCCAUUGCUUGGGGCAGCAAAACGUACAUAAUUUUCACUGGUUAAAAAAAUUUAUAUCAUUCAGGAAUAAGUACUUCUCUAUAGAGGUGGCUACUUGCUACAUAAGAUAAACUGACUAGAUAUGACCUUUGAUGGGAUUCAGACUCAGUUAGAUGUGGUUGCCCCAAAAUCUAACCUUAAACUCAAAAGUUUUCUCUCUCUUUUCAGCUACAAAAAGGCCAUGCAAUCUUUAGAAAUCACAGAAGGACAUGUCGCUAAACUUGUUCCACACAGAAUCUUUUCGAUGGCUUUCCAUCCUGCCAAAUACAAAACACUUAUACUGGCAGGGGACAAGUGGGGGAACCUUGGCAUAUGGGAUGUGGUAAGAAAUUGGUUGUAAGUUUAAGAAGAGUUAGGAUGUUGUGGCAUGCAAUUUUAGAUUCUGAAGAGUAACAUGCAUGAAUAUCAAUGAGUUAAAAAGUUAAUUGUGGAUGUUGCAACUUUAAAAAUUGCUGAGAAAUCUGCCUUACCAAUGACAUAACAGAUUUAAGGACACAACAUGGCUGAAGUCAAACUCUUUGACAUUGCUAAUUUGAAAUGGGGUGCAAGCUAAAUGAAAACUGGCACAGUUGGCUGGUUACCAAGCUAUUUGUGAGCAGCACGUUCCAGCCUGACUAAAUGGUGACAUCUGAAGUCUUAUUUUCAGCAUAUAGGAUUACAUUGGAGGACUGUUUGAAAAAUGACAGUCUCCUCCUUAAAAUCUUGAAACAAUUCUAUUAAUAAAUUUUUGCAUAUACUUUUAAAUGGUAUAGAUAAAAAUUAAAUGGUUCAGUUCAGGAACACACUUCUCCUUUAUGCAAUGUGAAAAUAUGUUGGACAAUUCCCUGAGGUACAGUAAUUUUCCAGCUCCUUUUUACCUUCGACACAUCUUUAUGUUUGUUCUAGGACUCUUCAAAGGGAGACGAUGGUGUGUACCUGUUUGAACCACAUUCUCGUCCUAUCAACUGCAUAUCAUUUGAGCCAGGAAACUAUGGAAAACUUUAUUCGUGUAGCUACGAUGGAACACUGAGGUGCGGCGAUUUCAGGGCGGCUACUUUUCAGGAGGUAACAUAGAUAUGACAUCAAGUUGGGAUAUUCAAAUUAUAAAGAAAAGCGAAAGGAUAUCAACUCUUAAUUUGACUACCAAGGGGUAGUUCCAAUGGUGUGUUUGAAAGCUUGUUUGCAGCAGGAAUGUGUACAGCUGUAUAAGAUACUAUAACUUUUUUUGAAAAUUGCAACUGACAACCGACAAAAAUACGAACUUUCCAGAGUUUCAGAAGCACUUUAAAUGUGACCUUGGCUGCCUAUGCGAUUCUCACCUGUUAAUUUUCUAAUUGUUGUCGUCCAUUUAAACAGUGAAUUUCAGAGAAGAUUCAACUUUCCUGUGUAGCGGCGAGUUUUGGGUGCGCCUUGGCCACUCAUUACUUCAGCACACAGAAAAGCUUAAAAUUUUGACGCGUUUUUCAGUCUUCCAAUUUGACAUUCGUUUCAGGUUUACUCUUUUGAUGAUGACGACUAUUCCAGGUUCAUGUACUUUGCGUUUGGCUCGCCCAGCAGCAGUACAAUCUUAGCGGCGACGGACUCUGGUUAUGUCAUGGUAGUUGACACAAGAACAAACAGGUAAGAUUGUUGACAUUAUUGUGCCUACAAUUGGCUCAAUACCGUCCUAUACAAUCUCACCGAUAUGAUGUUCAAUUUACGUUUGAGAAAACAUUCGUGUUCUCCAGCACAAUAAAGUUAAGGAGCAAAUACUUUUGGAGCAAAGUGAAAUUAGCCAGAGCGUUUCCCAGCUGAAAUCAAGUGUUUUUAACCGUUUGACCAGAUUGGACCAAUCAUCGUCAAGUAAGCGAAAAAACAAAGAAGAAUACUUCGUAAUAAACUUCGCUCACCGUAUGGUCUCGGUGGAACAGUGGUAGAGCAUUGGAGCGCGGAAUCCGAAGGUCUGAGGUUCGAUUCCUCAAGGGGACUCUGAAUUUUUGCCUUGUCCCAUGCUUGUGACAAGACGAAGAAUGUCUUUCUCUAUUUCUUGACCGAGCUCAAAACUUGCAAUCUCUUUUAUUCUAUCUUUCUAUGCGUACUCGUUUCUGAUUGGUCCAUUCUGGUCACGAUGUCAAAAAUAGUCUCUGCCGUUUGGUUGACAUAUCGCUUCAGAGUGUUUUCUUCUUCCUUUCUAUCUUAUAUCUCAGUUUGAAACAACCUCUUCAAUGACAGAGUUACUGAAUCAGGCAAUUACUAACAAUCAAUGUCUUUCAGCAAAACCUUAGCAGAGCAAAGUUAUGGCCUUCAUGACAAAGUUAUCAAGUGCGUUGAUGUCCAUCCGUUAAACCGUAAUCUUUUCCUCACAUCUUCCACCGACGGGUAAGCUUUUGCAGUAGGCCGUGGUUUGAGAUAUAUGUACAAUCUCGGCCUUCUGGGUUCUCAGUAUUGUGCUUUAACUCCCAAAAGUGAUUAACAUGUAUCUUCUCCCGAUAACCAGCUACAGGGGAGAAUUUGUUUUUGUUGUUGGCUGAACUAAUAAAACUGAAAAGUAGUAGCAACCAGAAGCAUAAUCCACGGAUGAGAGGCGGGAAAAUCAGCUUUUGGCCCUAUCGUUAGCCUACCGGCCACUCCCACUCCUUUUUAAACCAUCUCUGGGCAUUCCUUCUCUCUCUGACAGCGUUUUAAGUCGGACACUUACAGUUUUGAAUUUUUUGUAGGAUUCUACAGUCACCAAAGCCAUUAGUCGUUUGUAAGCCGUGUUCACCCACGGAAUUUUCCUCAUCUUCUCUUUUUCUCUUGAAUUUCAGGUCAGUAGCAUUCUGGGACAUACGGAACAUUAAAAACAUGAAAUCAAAGUUGAGCAGUUUACAGCGAACCCGUGUCACUUCCUCAGCUUAUUUUUCUCCUUUGACUGGCAGUCAGGUGUUGGUGACGUCAAUGGAUGAUUACGUUACGUAAGUGAUAGCGCAGAUUGAAUUUUCCCCUGUGAGAGUGCGGCUAAGUCUAGUAGUUUCAUCACUUACAGGUCGGAAUGUUCAUAGAUAAUUUUUCCCUCUAAAUUUUCGUACAAAAAGGUGAUAAGAAGAUAGAGAAACAACAACAGGGGACGGCCUAAAGCGAAUAUUUUGUAUUCAAGUCUUGGAAGGGAAAGUAGUAAGUAAAGUGGUAUAUGGGCCCAUGGGGUCGGUGCUUAACUCCGGUUUUCUUAGCAUGAAGCGGCAAGGAGUAUUGCUACUCCCCCCUGGAUGGGAUGUUAGUCCAUAGCACAUUUGCUGGUACCCAUUUGUAGAAGCACUGUGAGAGUAAAGUGUCUUGCCUAAGAACACAACACAAUGACCCCGGCCAGGGCUCGAACCCGGACCACCCGAUCCGGAGUCGAGCGCACUAACCAUCAGGCCCCGCGCCUCCACUUGGAAGGGAAAGGGUUGCUGUAUAUUUGUUCAUCAAGGCGCAGCUUCACUGACCUGAUACAGUGAAGCUCUAACCAUAGAUUGCCUUCUCUAUUUUGUUUUUUAGUAUCAAUGACGUUGACGCUUCUGGUAUAGUCUCCACUACAGCCAAGUGUUGUUUCAGGUAAUUCGAAUUGAGAAGAUCAGCUCCAUUUCCGUCCGUGUUUGGUUUGAUAAGCUCUUUUCUCUGUCAUGAUCAUUUUGUGUCAUAUUAUUAAGGGCUGCUGUACUUUAACAGCAGAAGGAAAAUCGCGACGUUAGCCGACAAAGAAGGACGCCAGGGCUCGAACUUAACUUUUUUGUCUACUAGCAAAGUUUUGCUAGUAAGAUUUUUUUUACUAGCAAAAGAAGGAACCUAACUAGCAAAUGUUUGCUAGAGGAUGUUUUUUAGACUCGCAACUUCGAAAAACCACUCGCAUUUCGCGAGUUUGCGAAUGCUAAUUUCGAGCCCUGGACGCAGUAGAGCGUUCAUCGUUAUGAGUAACAACAUACAGUUAAAUUAAGUGUCAGAAUCAUUCCAGGAUUGCGUUGGGUUCUCUUCACUUUGAUUUGUGAUUGGUCGUAAAAUUUCGUGCCUUCUCUCAAGCAAUGAGAUGUCAAACUAAAACUGGUCUUGACUCACUCGUUUCCCGCGUUCGAGGUCCGGUCACUCGUGUCUGAGUUCGCUUUGAGCUCUCUGUGGAUCGUGGUGAUAUUUCCUUUGUUCUGAUUGGCCUCGGUGACUACUUUCAUUUGCUUUAUCAUUAUGACCCUCUACUGAAUAACGCUCGUCUUUUCACAAUUAGAAGACGAAAAAAGUGUGUAAGAAGACAGUAAUGAUCAACGCUUCACAAGGUCUUCGUGUUUUGCUUUGGCUCGUACGUGUUCCGCUCGUGAAGACAACAAGUCCCUUUGCACUAUUACUCACCUGUGUUUCUGGUGUAAUUUUUGUUUUCAGACAUGACAAUCAAGUUGGACGCUGGCUCACUAGUUUUCGUGCCACUUGGGAUCCUAAAUUUGAAAAAUAUGCGGUUGUUGGGAGCAUGAGAAGACCACGACAGGUGAAUAUCACUAUCACUAUUACUACCGCUGUGCACCACAUUUCCUCUAUAGACGAAAUUCUUCUUCUCGUCAACGAAAUACAGUGCGUUAGAAGGCUACCGAAACCCCUGCUUUGGAUGUUAAUGCUCAGGCAAGUUAAAACUUACAAUCAGCUAAGCACUUGCCGUGGAUAACCUUCUUUGAUCUUCUUUUCGGCAGAUUGAUAUUUUUUCCUCCGAGCUAAAAAGUAACGCAUUGAUGCAUUUAACCCAUGAGAACCUCAACUCUGUGAAUUCCUUAAAUGUCCUUCAUCCUUCGGUUAACAUGCUGGCUGGUGGAAACUCAAGUGGAAAGGUCUACCUAUGGACUUAAUAGUUGCCCAUCGUCUCUCCAUUUAUUCACUCACGUGAAUGUCCACGAGGAAAUUCCACGCAGGAUGUCGAGCCGUUAGAGGGUAAAUGGAAAUCGAAAAUGGGCUGGCUAGCUAGCUGGAAGUAAAAUUAAUUCUAGACUCCUGACGGUCCGAAGAACUGCACAUCCGUUUUAAGCAAGAAAUGGAGAACAAAGCAACUAUAUCCAAAUGAAAAUGAGAAACAAUUUUUUGGAAAAUUAGGGACUUUACACUUCGUGUGGGGAAGCGUGAACACAUGAGUAUUGUUCCGAUAAUUACACAAGUAAUCGAUAAUGAUCAAUAUGUUGUGUUGUUACAUUCUCACCGCUGUUUUUAUUCAAAUUUUUAACCUAUUUCAAGUUAUGGUAACGGAUAAUGGAUGAGUAAUUUUCGAGGGUUAGUUUGACAGAGACUAAGAAAAAACGGUUUUUAUUGAUCGAGUUAGUUGUAUUUUUAUCCCUAUUGUGUCAUGUGAUAUGAUGCUACAAUUAUAAUGACUGGACUUUGUUACAAAUGCAUUACCCACCCAACCCCUGACGGAAACUCGAUAACUUAACAAUGUACU